AUUGAUGGACUGGCAGCACUGCACGCACAGCUAAAAUUCGCCGCUCUUUUGAAGUUUGGCUUUGGUGGAGGCGACGAAUUUACGGAGGUUUUAACUUUGUUUACCAGCGGCGGGAUAGCAUCAAAACAUGUCCAAGGAGGAGGAAACCGCCGUAGAGGCGACUGAUACGAACGAAAACUCGAAUGAAUCCAAUUCCGACACUACUUCGUCCAACACAAAGGAACCGGAUUAUGAUGCGACUUUGGAAACGGACCGCGGAAAGCGGUUUGAGUUUCUGCUCAAGCAGACGGAGAUCUUUGCCCAUUUCAUGAACUCGGCACCGAGCAAGAGCAGUCCACCGAAAGCACCGCGUGGCCGCAAGCCGAAGGUGGAUAAAAAUGCCGAUACGGUUGACCAUCGGCAUCGCAAGACGGAGCAGGAGGAAGAUGAAGAGCUGCUGGCUGAGACAAACCAGAAGGCAAAGACAUUGUUCCGUUUCGAAGCGUCCCCACCGUACAUCAAGGCCGGUGAGAUGCGUGAUUAUCAGAUCCGUGGGCUGAACUGGAUGAUUUCAUUGUACGAGAACGGCAUCAACGGCAUUUUGGCGGACGAGAUGGGUCUGGGUAAAACGUUGCAGACUAUCUCGCUGUUAGGAUACCUGAAGAACAUACGGAACAAUCCGGGGCCGCACAUAGUGAUCGUGCCGAAAUCGACGCUUCAAAACUGGGUGAACGAAUUCGGCCGAUGGUGUCCAUCGAUUCGGGCAGUGUGUCUGAUCGGCGAUCAGGAAACGCGAACUGCAUUCAUUCGCGAUGUGUUGAUGCCGGGCGAAUGGGACGUUUGUAUCACGUCGUACGAGAUGUGCAUACGUGAGAAGGCCGUGUUCAAGAAGUUCAACUGGCGUUACAUGGUUAUCGACGAGGCGCAUCGUAUCAAGAACGAAAAGUCGAAACUGUCGGAGAUUUUGCGCGAGUUUAAGACGGCCAAUCGCUUGCUGCUGACCGGAACACCGUUGCAGAACAAUCUGCACGAGCUGUGGGCGCUGCUGAACUUCUUGCUGCCGGACAUUUUCAACAAUGCUGAAGACUUUGAUAGCUGGUUCGACGCGAAUCAGUGCUUGGGCGAUAAUUCGCUGAUCGAGCGUCUGCAUGCCGUGCUGAAACCGUUCUUGCUGCGUCGUCUGAAGUCCGAGGUCGAGAAGCGGCUGUUGCCGAAGAAGGAGGUAAAGAUCUUUGUCGGACUGUCCAAGAUGCAGCGCGAUUGGUACACGAAGAUCCUGAUGAAGGACAUUGAUGUGGUGAACGGAGCGGGCAAGGUGGAGAAGAUGCGUCUGCAGAACAUUCUGAUGCAAUUGCGCAAGUGCACCAACCAUCCGUAUCUGUUCGAUGGAGCGGAACCGGGCCCGCCGUACACGACCGACUACCAUCUGCUGGAAAACAGUGGCAAGAUGGUGGUUCUCGACAAGCUGCUCAGGAAGCUGCAGGAGCAAGAAUCUCGCGUACUGAUCUUCAGUCAAAUGACACGUAUGCUGGACAUUUUGGAAGAUUUUUGCCACUGGCGAGGCUACCAGUACUGCCGUCUGGAUGGGCAAACGCCACACGAGGACCGUUCGAACAUGAUCGCAGAUUACAACGCCGAAAACAGCACCAAGUUUAUCUUCAUGCUGUCGACGCGCGCCGGAGGAUUGGGUAUCAAUUUGGCCACCGCCGAUGUGGUCAUCAUCUACGACUCGGACUGGAAUCCGCAGAUGGAUUUGCAGGCCAUGGAUCGAGCGCAUCGUAUCGGGCAGAAGAAACAGGUGCGCGUGUUCCGACUCAUCACGGAGAACACGGUGGAGGAAAAGAUUGUCGAGAGGGCGGAAGUGAAGCUGAAGCUGGACAAGCUCGUAAUUCAGCAGGGCCGGCUGGUCGACAACAAGACGAACCAACUGAACAAGGACGAGAUGUUGAACAUCAUUCGUUUCGGUGCAAAUCACGUAUUCCAGUCUCGCGAUUCCGAAAUCACCGACGAAGACAUCGACGCCAUUCUGCAAAAGGGCGAAGAGAAGACGCAGGAACAGAAUGCAAAGCUGGACAAGCUGGGUGAGAGUUCGCUACGCGGUUUUACUCUCGAUGCGGAGAACCUCGAGAAUCGCUCGGUGUACCAGUUCGAGGGUGAAGAUUAUCGCGAGAAGCAAAAGCUGCACACGCUUGGGUCGUGGAUCGAACCGCCAAAGCGUGAGCGUAAGGCAAACUAUGCGGUCGACGCUUACUUCAAGGAAGCUUUGCGUGUAGCUGAACCGAAAGCACCGAAAGCGCCGAGACCACCGAAGCAACCGAUUGUGCAAGAUUUCCAGUUUUUCCCGCCAAGACUGUUUGAGCUGCUCGAUCAGGAGAUCUAUCACUAUCGCAAGACCGUAAACUACAAGGUACCGAAGAACUCCGAUCUUGGCACGGAAGCGAACAAGGUUCAACGCGAGGAACAGCGCAAAAUUGACGAAGCAGAGCCGCUUACGGAAGAGGAGCUGGUCGAGAAGGAAUCGCUGCUGACGCAAGGUUUUACCAACUGGACAAAGCGAGACUUCAAUCAAUUUAUCAAAGCGAACGAGAAGUACGGUCGGGAUGAUAUCGAAAACAUUGCCCGUGAAGUCGAAGGUAAGACACCGGAGGAGGUUAUGGAGUACAGUACGGUGUUUUGGGAGCGUUGCCACGAGCUGCAGGACAUCGAUCGUAUCAUGGGCCAGAUAGAGCGUGGUGAGGCCAAGAUUCAACGCCGUGCUUCGAUCAAGAGGGCACUGGACAGUAAGAUGGCACGAUAUCGCGCACCAUUCCAUCAGUUGCGCAUUGCGUACGCAAACAAUAAGGGUAAAAAUUACACCGAGGAAGAAGAUCGUUUCCUGGUGUGUAUGCUGCACAAGCUCGGUUUCGACAAGGAAAAUGUGUACGAAGAGCUGCGAGCAGCCGUUCGGUCUGCUCCACAGUUCCGCUUCGAUUGGUUCCUAAAGUCGCGUACUGCGCUUGAACUGCAGCGCCGCUGUAACACGCUCAUCACAUUGAUCGAGCGUGAAAACCAAGAACUCGAAGAGAAGGAACGGUUAGAGAAGAAGAAGAAGACGGGCGGAGGUAAUGGGGCUGGCGGUGGAGGUGCUGUUAGUGGCGGUGGAACUGGUGCGGCAAAGUCGAACCAAAAGCGUAAAGCCGAUGGUAAUCCCGCCGCAAACGACAAGAACAAAAAGAAGAAAAAAUCCUAAAGAGAUCCUGAGCACUUAGAGGUGGCACGAGCGGUGGAACUAUGACUAAGGUUUAAUUUAAGAUUGAAAGUUGCGAAUGACGACGAGUGGAGAACGCGGAGAAAUCGAGAAAGUCUGAGCGGAAAGGACAUUCCGUAUGCAGGAUAAGGAUUUGAAAUUUUUUGUGUCCAGAUAUCCUGUCACCACUUGAUCAGAUGGGCCGUAUUUGUUGCCUGACAUCAUCAAUGAAGGAUCCGGGAGUCGGUAAUGCUCAGCCCUCCCCGUUUCAGUGUGUAAUUAUCUUUAGUUUUAAAAUGGUAAAAUCCAACCCUUAGCUUCUUCAGUCUCUAUCUCUAUUCUAGCUGCUAAGUCUGCUAUGCUCUGCACACCCCGAUCACGCGCGAUUAUGGUGCACACAUUACUGACAUCGUAUGUACGUUAUUGGGGCAGCCGUAAGGCAGGGUAAAGUUCAACUUUCGUUGUGGAAGAGACAAUUUUUCAGUGUCCAGUAUUGAUCCAGAUUUUUGAUUAGCUGAAUCCUCUUUUGCACAUGAGCGUCUGGGAUUGAAUGUACAACGAUUUUGAAAUAGUAAAGGAACAUUGUUUGCCGUGUUGAAAAUAAAUAUCCAGCCCCUAGCUCUAGAAGACCCCUGCUGAACCUUUCCCACAAACACACAUUGAAGGAGUGUCAGUUAAGCGGCUGCUACCGUCAACAUUAAUUACUCCAUGCAUGUAUUUAUUGUAAGCUUCAGUAAUGGUUUGAACGCACCUGGAAUGACGAUGAUUGACUGCUAUAGAUCGAUUGGUAGAAGAUGACUGCAAAUAAACAUGAAUUCAUAU